AUGAGAGACACUAUAGAACAUAAGAAGAAGACCCAACGGGAUGCGGCAAGUACUUAUAAGACGCGUGCUCGAAAUAUCACGAAUUUACACGAAUUACUACCGGGCUUGAACGAUAUAAGUGAUGCUUUUGAAGCAUUACCACUAGAUAUUGUUAAAUACUUUACACUUUUGAAAGAAAUUGACGCCAAAUGUAUCAAUACGGUUCCUCAAAUCAACACUCGUAUCAAAUCAUAUAUUGACAGCUUGCAUAACUCCAAGAAACAGCAGCAGACAGAAACCAGCCCUCAGGAGAAACUCAAGGAAACGCAUCAAUUAAGUAUCAUUAAGAAUAAGAUCAAUGAAAUCAUUCCGUGUUUGGAAGAGAAAAUGCACGUUACUUCCGUUGCCACUGAUUUAUUGAAUAAGCAUAUGUAUAGAAUUAACCAGGACUAUAAGUUGAUUAUCCAGAAUAAUGAAAUACCUGAAAAUGUGCGAAUUGGACCAUUGAUUCAUCCGGCGAUGAUUUUGGAUUCAACACAUGGAUUUAAAGACGGUAAUGGUGAGCGAACAACUGGCGGCGGCGGAGGUAAUAAUCAAGGCACGGGGAACCUGGGGCACAAUGGAAAUAGUUCACAAACUCAACGUAGUGAAAGCAGAAGAGAGGUUUUAGCUGCUCGGAAAGCAAACAAGGAGGAUGAUAGAGAUGGAACGGUUAGCGGGUCGAAUUCAGGAAGGAAGAAGAAAAUCAAAGAGCAAACCCCAUUGGAAACGAAUGAAGGUAAAACUAGUGGGAAUGAAAGCAAGAAGAGGGGUAGAAAUGAUGACCGAAACAACAACAACAACAAUAACAGUAAUAACAGUAAUAACAGUAAUAAUAAUAAUAACAGCAGCGGCAACCACAGCAACAGUAAUAGCAAUAGCAAUAACAAUAGGAACAACAGCAAUAACAACAAUAGUAGUAGUAGUAGUGGUGGUUCAAAAAAGAAGUUGAAAAAACUGGAGAUUAAUACAGACGAUGAAGUGAAAGAAGAACAAGUGAAUGGCAUGUCCAAUUAUAAUAGUAAUAGCAACAACAAUAAGAAGAAUGCAAUGACAUCGAUUGAGAAACCAAGAAGUGGUGCAGGAGGCGGCGGUGGUGGUGGCAAUGAACCUACAUAUUGUUACUGCAACCAAGUUUCCUUUGGUGAAAUGGUAGGAUGUGAUGGAGAAGACUGCAAACGUGAAUGGUUUCAUUUACCAUGUAUUGGGUUUAAGAACCCGCCAAAGGGGAAAUGGUAUUGUGACGAUUGUAUUAUUAAGAUGAAGAAACCUAAAAGAAUGUAG